AUGGCUGACCAAGACACCAAUGCCGUGCGUGCGGACGGCCGCGACAAGCAGCCCUGUGUGGCCAAGCCACUCCUCACAAGAGUCCUGUACACACUGGCUGUCAAUGCCAUGCAGCUCGUGGUCGUCGGCCCUGCCAUGGCGAUGCGGCACUGGAAGCAGCGCCGCAGCCCGCCCGACGACUACCCGACCCUCAUCAAGACAUACCCAUCGCGCCCUCGCCUGCCCGUCCGCAUCUUCUUUCCAGCCGCCUACGAUCGCCAGUCGCAGUCACCGCUUCCUCUCCUGCUCAGCAUCCACGGCGGCGGCUUCGUCGUCGGUGACCCCUCCGACAACGAUGCCUGGAACCACCUCUUUGCCAACCAGCAUAACGCCCUGGUGGUCGCCGUCAACUACGCCAAGGCCCCGGCGAACCCUUUCCCUGGCCCACUCUCAGACCUCGAGGCCCAGAUCAACGCCGUCUUCGCCGACGAGGAGCUCAAGCCCCACAUCGACCCCGCCAAGGUCGGCCUUGUGGGCUUCUCGGCCGGUGGGAACUUGUGCCUCACCAUCAGCCAGUUCCCCUCCAUCAGGGAGAGGAUCACCGCCGGCAUCGUCCCCAUCUACCCCGUUACUGACCUCAGCAUCACUCCCCAGCAAAAGGCUACCACGAGGCACUACAAGACAGCCCUGCAUGGUGCCCGUGGCACGACCAGGGACCCCCUGCUGGCCCUUGCGGAUGCUUUCGACUGGUCCUAUAUCCCCGUCGGCCAGAACCUCCGCGAUCCGUUGCUGUCGCCCGUCUACGCGGAUCGGAGUGCGCUUCCCGAGCGCGUCUGGAUCAUCGGUUGCGAGCUGGAUAUGCUUGGCCAUGAGGCCUGGCGCCUGGCGUGUCGGCUGACUGGGAGGCAGGUCCCAGGGCUGGACCAGCGGAUUGGCCAGGAGGCGCCUGAGGCGAGCGGCAAGCUGGGAGCGCUGAUCACCACGGGUGACCAGAGGUUCGCGUGGGAGGAGAAGAACCGGGAUGGGGAGGUCAAGUGGCUGUGUAUUGCCGAUGCUGGCCAUGGGUUCGACAUGCCGGGGGCCAUGGGAGCGGAUGAGAAGACGAGCGAGGAUGGGUUGCUGAAGAGGGACGAGAUCAUCAGGCUGGCUGGGGAGUGGCUCUUCCGUCAGUGA